CGCCCCCCGUGUUGUAGUAAACAUUAUUUUUAGCUCGCAAAGUCGCGAUAUCGUUUCCCCGAGCAGUAUUGCGGUAAACAAGACAGGGAACAAGUUACAAGACCGUCACCGCCGCCGUAGCCAAUACGAUAUUACAAUAAUAACUAUUAUUAUUUAUUUCUAUUCUGUCCGGUAUGGUUAUUAAUAAAUUUAAUUUCGUUUUUAUUAUGUUAUCAAAAUAUUAAUUCACCGGUCGUACAAGAUGUUAUUGCAUAUUACCAAAGUGACUAUACAUGUAUAUAACGUAAAUAUACAACUUAGCCAUAAUAGUAUCGGUAUUUUAUUUAUAAUUAUAUAAAUAAACCGACAUAACCUUCUCAUUCAUAACACCGUCAUGGUGUAGUACGCUUGCGGCGAACGCCUGCGGAUUCAGUUAUCGACGUUCGAACUUUAUUUUCAAACGAUUUAGAUGUUUUAAAUUAUUGACGAGCCACCAAUUAUUUUUGUUACCGUUCUGUUGUUAUUCACCGAAAGAGUGUGAGCUUGUGUAGUUUUCGUUUUAAAAAACGUUGAAUAUUUGACGUAUUUGCUCGGUUCAACAUGUCAGAGCUGAAGACCAACGACGAUGUCAAGUUUUUCGUUUUAGUAUCUGACGAAAACCCAGAACAAAAAUUUGUUCUCUUGGACAACGAACCUUUAAUACUGGGGAAAAAACAACAUAUUGGAGUGGCCAAUCGCAAGAUGUCGAAAAAACAAAUGAAAUUUAUAGCUGACUAUUCUACGGGCCAAAUAUGUGUUCAACAAUUAGGUAAAAGCAGGUCAGCUGUUAACAAGCAACCUAUGGUAAAAGGAGAAAAAAGACUUUUAAAUUAUGGAGACAAAGUGGCAUUGUUGUAUAAAAGUAAUCACACCUAUCAUUUUGAUUCUGUAUCACUUUCUUAUGGUAUAGACAACAACAAAAAGAAUAGUUAUUGUACAAAUAAAGAAAUUAUACCUAAAAUACCUCUCUCACAUUCUACAUGCAUGUGGGUUAAUAGAGGUACAUUGUUGGUGUUCAAUAGUAAAAAUAUUGUUCAUAAAGAUAAGAUAGCGGCAUUUGAUUUGGAUGGAAUACUUAAUGCUCUUCUGUCAGGUAAAUCUUUUCUUGAUGAUGAUGAUGAUUAUAAUGAUGAUGAUGAUGAUGAUGAUGAUGACUGGCAAAUAGAUAACCAUAAAGUUAUUGGAUCUCUUAAAAAAUUGUUUGAUAAUGGUUACAAAAUAGUGAUAUUCACUAAUGAAGUAGAUAAUGUAGGUAACAAAGAAAAUGAAUUACCGCUAAGAAUAAAAAUUGAAAAUAUCCCUAAAUUAAUCAGAACACCAGUUCAAGUAUUCAUUGCCAAUCGGAAAGAUAUAUAUAGAAAACCUGCACCAGGAAUGUGGAAUGCUUUAGUGUCUGAUUUUAAUGGAGGUAUAUCAGUUGACAUGGAUAAGAGUUUUUUUUGUGGUGGUGCGGCGGGCCGGCCUGCUCGUUUUGAUUCUGAUGGUAAACUAGUUAAAAAAGACCAAUCAUGUUGUGACCGUUUAUUUGCCAUGAAUAUUGGUCUCAAAUUUUAUACUCCUGAAGAAUACUUUUGGAAAGAACCAACUACAAAAGUUUUUGCAUUACCUGCGUUUAAUCCAAAUGAUGUUAUGUCUAAUAUCUUAUACACAGAUUUAUCAUCAAACAAUUUGUUUUCCUCAAAUAAAGAGAUGAUUAUUAUGGUUGGUUGUCCUGGUUCAGGAAAAAGUUAUUUUGCUGUUAAUAAUUUAUUUUGUCAUGAUCGUAUGAAAAUAAUUAACAAAGAUACACUUGGCUCAUGGCAAAAGUGUAUUGCUAAGACUACAAAGUAUUUAAGUAAUGGUAGUGUAAGUGUAGUGAUUGAUAAUACAAAUCCGGAUAUAGAAUCAAGAAAACAGUUCAUUGACAUUGCUAAAAUAUACAAAAUCCCAUGUAGAGUUUUCUUAAUGAAAGUUUCCAAAGAACAUGGAAAACAUAAUAACAAAUUUCGAGAACUAAUUGAUAAAGAACAUAAAAAAGUACCCGAAGAAGAAAUUGAUUUAUACUUCUCUAUGUUUCAGAAGCCAUCCAAAAAAGAAGGUAUUUUAGAAAUAGUUCCAAUCAAUUUUGUUCCUCAUUUCAAGGAUCCCUAUCAUGAAAAGUUAUACAAAAUGUUUUUGCUGUGAUACCAUAUUUUUGAAAUUGUUCAAAUCAAUGUGUAAUUAUUUUAAAAGUUUUUUGAUUUAUACAGAACCCAAUUAGUUAUUCCAAUUUUAUGUUAUUAAUAAUAACUUAUUAUGUUAGUUUAUAUCAAAAGCUAUACAAAUUGUUUUUUGCUUUGAUAUAGUUAUUUUGAAAUUGUUAAAACAGAAUUACUAUUAUUUUAAAAA